CUGUUUGCUGCCGCUCAAUCAGCUGUGGAGCGACGGUUUGAAUACGAGAGUGAGAUGGUGUUAAUGGAGCAGAUUCAGAGAAUUGAAAUAUCCGAUGUGAAAACAUGCUGUGUCUCCGAACAUAAGAAUGCAGUCUGUCAGAAAUUACUGCUAAUAGUAUUUCAGCUAUGGAUGUACGGAAGCCAUCAUGAUGCAACUACUUCGUCCAGGACAUCGACUUUUUGAUCGGGAGCUUCUCCUUUUUGGCCACUGGAUACUUUGGGCCGAACGCCGCGCUCUGUGCUUAGCCAAGUGUUGACUCUUCAAAUCAGCAGCAACAGUUGGUUAAUUAAACAGCUCGUGAGCAUCCGAACUGGACGCAUGGACGCAGGGCGUUAUUUCACAGGACUGCCAAUGCAAGUCACUGACGGCCCCUUUGUCGCCAUUCCUCGUGGCUGAGAUUUCUUUUUGCGCGUUUUUAUUUGGCCAUCCGGGUCGCCGUCGCGUCUGGGCACCGCAUCGUGAGACCGUCAGCUCCCCCGUAAAUAGGCCAAUCACGGCAUCGUGUGACACGAACUGAUGAGGCCGUUGGCAAAUCAGCUGCCGGCGGUGGAAGCGCCAUGAUGGGUCCAAUCAUGGGCAGGAUGCAGGAGUGUUUUAGCGAGCAGGCCUGCAUCCUGUCCUCUGUCUGCAGGCGCCGAGAAGGAUCAGGACCCUUGGCGGGAUGGUUGUGACGAGUUAUCGAUCGUCAUGCCGGGUGAUCUCAUGGCUCCUGAGUUAACGAUCCAUUUCCCUCCAGCUUGCUCGGGACUUGCUGUCAAGUUUCAGCGGCCUCAUUCGCACAACUCUUGCUCGCUGCUCUGACGUUUUUGCUCCUUGUCGAAUCUUGGAAUUAAUCUUGUUUGCCUCUGAACCCUCCAGGCUGCCCCGCAGUUACGAGCUAAGCUGUCGGCAGCUCUCCGCCAGGGUCUCCUGGAAAACGUCGCCACGAGAAGGCUUCAAUCUGGCGACGAGUUUCCAGCAAGGCAGCUGACUGCAUGCGAUUUGGUGACCUCGUGCGCGAGAGUUUUACGACCCAGUUAGAUAGCCAUCAUGACCAGUAAUGGUCGCGGCGGCAGGGCGACAGACGAGAUGUUCCUCUCCUCGCCCUCCGAUCGCCAUCCAUCCGCGGUCUCUCCGUUAAGAAUUGUCAAAAGGGACUCCCCUUCUCCCUCGCGAGCUUCCGAAGCUGGCCAGCAAGCUUCAUCAAGACCAAUGAAUCGCGCGGAGUCCGUCUCUCCUCUUCCUUACCCAGACGACUCCUCUCGUCGAGCACAGGCGAGGGAUCGAAAUACCUCAGUGUCGCGACCGCCCUACCCCGAUGCUGGGCAGUCCGCAUCAAUGUCCGCUCGGUCCACGGAGAAUAGCUCACCGGCCUCGCCUGGGCCUGGCGCUAGCGAAAUUCCAGAAGCGCUGCGUCCCCGUCAAGACUCGAAACAGUUGCAACCUACAUUGGCUGAGAGAAGAGGUGCUGUCCCAAAAUCCCUUCCUGAGUCGCCCAACCCUGAGCCCUCAGACCGAGAAGGCCUAUUUCAGCGACUACCUCAGCGUGAGCGAGUCACCCAGAAAGCGCCUGAACCCGUGCGCAAGGGCUCAACCGGGGUAAAUCCGUAUCCUGAAUACCACCGGCAGUACUGGCCUCCCCCGACGAGCAGCUCGACCUUACAGCCAGAGAAUAAUUCUGCCAUUAAUCGCUUGAGCUCUACGGCAUCCACUUCCACUACAAAGGCCCAACGUGGGUCUCCUCCGCCUCCCGAGACCCCCAUAGUACCACCCAACCAACAACCAGCGUCCGGCAUCGAAGCCCGAUAUGCGGCCUCGGGCAUCGCGGGAACUUCUACCUUGAACAAUUUGAAUUCGCAUAACUUUGCCGCACAACAACGUGCAACUCAAUACUCUGCACCUCAGCCAAACAGAUAUCCGAGCCCUGCUCAAGCUCAGGUCCAACCGCCGCCACAACCACAGCAGCGGCCAUGGACACCGACUGAACAACCGGGCACCCAGCCGCAUGGCCCUCCACAGGUAUAUCAAGGCUCAACUGUAGUGGGCCCUGCUGGAGGUGCACAAGCACCGCCUGGAAACAACGCUCAACAACCGCCUCAACAGCCGUCUCAGCAGCCACCGCAGCAGCUACCGCAGCAAGCACCACCGGGAAACCAAAUGCAAUACGCCAAUCAGCCCUCUACCGGUAUCGAAGAUGACUUCCAACGACUCAACAUGACAGCUUCUCCUCCUCCAGCAUAUUCUAGUUUGGCAGGUGUCACUCCUCAUGGGUAUCCUCCCGAGAAAUUCGGUGCUGGACAGGCUGCGCAGCAGACAUCCCUAAGCGCAGCUAUGUCAAGUGGUGCCUCUGCUCCCACUCAAGGGUCUGCCCAAGGCCAUCCUGCAUUCGCGAAUGAUCCACGACAGCAGCAAACUGGCACACCGGCGCAGCAUCCUCCUCAGAAUGGAGUGCAGUCACAUCCGGCGCCAACUCCAACCCCUGGUCCGGCGUCACCUCCACCGUUGCCUGAAGGCUGGAUAGCGCACCUAGACCCAAACUCAGGGCAGUAUUAUUAUAUUCACUUACCAACACAAUCCACGCAGUGGGAAUUUCCAAAAGGCCCAACGCCAUUAAAUCUUAACGAUGCACCCAUAUCUCCGUCGCAAAGCACCUUUGGUGGCCAUGGUCUAUCCUCCCCAGGCCUAUCCACAUUUGGUAAACCAUUAGCAUCUCCUGCAUUUUCAGCCUUUGGACAUCCUAUGCCUUCACCCGGAAUGCCGAUGAGUCCUGGAUAUGAACCUAGUGUCAUGAGUUUCAACAGUGGUUACAUCGGCCCCCCGCCGACCAGCGGAAUAGAGCUCUACAAGGUCAGCCCUACAAAUGGGGUUUACUUUGGUCCAUAUUUACGCUACAAAAACAUGGACAUAGAGCGGGGCCAGUGGUUGGGUUCGAUCCUUCUAGUGACCGAUGCUCCACAGCCACCAACAAUCCAUAUCCACAAAAGCAUCGAUCUUUCUCCCAACCCACGGCAGCUGUCUCCUGUAAGCAUAGCAGCUCAUCAACGAUGGACCUUUUACAGAUACGACAUUGACUUGCAAAUGGAUGACGCCGGGCCUGCAAAGUGGACAUAUGCAAUUACGUCGCACCUUGGAUGCACGCGGUAUGAGUUCCUUGUUGCAGGGCGGCAUGAAACGAACUGGCGCUUCAUUGCUACCUCUGGGAAUGACUUUUCCAUCAACGUCAACGCCAAUGAACGGUCCAAACUAGGUGGUGUUGGAUAUCUAUGGAAAGAUAUUAUGCAGAAACACGUCGAAUGCGGAGGUUUCCACGCUCAUCUAGGGCUGGGCGGCCAAAUAAAUGCCGACCGCCUAUGGAAGGAACUCCCAUCCCUCAAACAGUGGCUGUCUAUCAGUGGAAAGGAGGUGAGGAAAAAUGCAGCGUGGACUGCUGCACUGGAAGAAGACGUAACCCAUGCAUAUUUCCAUUAUUAUACCAGUCAUUUUGACCAGCCGCAUUUGCGGGAAGCGUUUGCUCAGAUUCCACACGUAUUGCAGGUGGAUGACCAUGAUAUAUUCGACGGAUUUGGUUCCUACCCCGAUCAUAUGCAGUUCUCAAAUAUGUUUAAAAACAUUGGCAGAAUUGGCAUUGAAAUGUAUCUUCUUUUCCAGCAUCACACUACACUGGAAGUCUUACGACAUGUCAGCGAUGAUAUUGAUCUCUUCACGAUUACAGGAACUGGGUGGCACUUUGUCAAAUACUUAGGUCCGGCAAUUGCCGUUGUUGGUAUUGACUGUCGAUCAGAGAGAAACCCACACCAAGUACUGGCCGGCCCGUCAUACCAGGGGAUUUUUCCGAAGGUUGCCAUGUUACCUCCAAGCGUUCAGCAUUGUAUCUGGAUGAUUUCAGUGCCCCUCGUAUAUCCGCGCCUCGACACUGCUGAACACCUCGCACAAACCGUUGCAACUGGCAAGAAGGCUGUUACUGGUGCGUAUAAUAUGUUAGGCAAAGUGACUAGCUCUGUUGCGGGUGUUGUUGGUGCCAAGGGAGCUGUCGGUUCUGGAUUCAAUUCAGUGAAGCGAGCUGUGGGAAAGUCUGGUUUGAUGGGUAGUGUACUGAGUCCAUUUGGAGAUAUCGACUUCCUCGACGAGUUGAGAGACCAAUGGACACAUGAUUCAAAGGACCUUGAGAGAACAUACCUCAUUCGCACCCUCCAAGGCAUUGCUCAUCAACGUAGCAUCCGAAUGACGUUCCUCUCCGGUUCUGUCAACCUCUGCGGAGCCGGGCUAGUUCAUGACCCUUCUCAUCCUACUGACCACAAAACUAUGUAUCAAAUCAUCUCCUCCUCCGUUGUUAACGCUUCGCCACCUUCAUAUAUUUUGAAAUUAUUGCACGGCAACAACAAGCCACUAUAUGUCCCGCCAAAUGGCCAUCGAUCCACUCCAUCCCAACCUACUGACACCAAAGAAGACAUGAUGGAGCUCUUCCAAACCGAUGUUGCUGGCCAACAACGUGAGCACCGGAAGUUAAUGGGGCGAAGGAAUUACGUUGCCAUCGUGGGAUAUGAUCCCGACUCCGUGAAUGCCGCGUAUACUGGCAUGCCUCAGCCACAGCAAGGUCAUGGUGGCAGCCCGCCGGGUGCGUUCCCUAAGUUGAGUCUCGCCGUGGACUUUUUGGUACAAGGCGAGGGAGCAUUCGGGAAUGUUAUUAAGUAUGGCCCUGUUAUUGUUCCAAGCUUAGAGCUGGGAAGGUAACAGGAGACUAAAGUUACUGCUUAGGGCUUCAUUAUGAAGUGAUGUGAUGUGAAUGAAGCAUAUUUCCUUGCCUUGGUUUCCAUAUUUAGCGUUCACUCCAUUGCGUUCUCCUUUACCCAUUGCUUCUGUUCAUCUUUCUACAUUCUGGCAUGUGCUGCUUGAUUCUGAUGUGAUUCAUAAUUUAUUUCACAGGAUGAUAAAAUUAUAUAAUAGCUAACAAGAACGUGGUAUCCAUCUAUA